AUGGCUACGGUGUUGGUACAGCAAACGCUGCGACAUGCCACCCCUCCGCCAGCGGGAAUCUCCUCGUCCCUGAAUCUCACCAGAACCCCGUCGCCGGUGCCAAACAAACAUUUACCUGUGUGUCCGCCGGGGACUUCGACAGCAGCUUUGCGGACUGCUGUACAAUCAACUAAAGAGGAUAAGAAGGUCACGUCGCUUCUCUAUCCUCCCGACACGUUCUUGCGUGUAAACAAAUCCCCCUCGAUAUACUCGAUCGACAUUGUAACCUUAGCCGCCGCCUUGGAUUAUUGGGCUUCUCAACCCUUGCCAGAUCCCAGCCAGGUAUUUCCUUGGCUCCAUGGACUUCACCCGGAAAAUCAUCUACAACUGGGGUUUUUCACAAACCGGAGACGUUCUCUUCGCCGGAUUCCUCAAUGUUGGAGGGGCAUCACGAUCGUUAAAGUCGGUGGUGAUCUUAGUACAUCCAGACUCAAAGGUGCCGUGUCUCCCAGUGAGAUCCUUGCCCCGUCCGGCUGGGAUUUCAUUCCAAGCGACCCCAAGGAGGGAUUCUCUGUUCGCAAUUUUCAGAUACAAACCCCAAAGUUGGCUACUCUAUCAGACAUUGUUGUCUACGGCCAAGACGGUGUCCAUAAAAAGCAGCUCUUAGAAGUUGCUGAGAAAAUCGCCACUGCACAGUACCGUUGGAGAAAUAAGAAUGACCCAGAUGGCUUGCUUCCAACCUACCAUACAUUCAUCCUCUCAAUUCACUGGGAGCGGCUCGAAAUGUGCGAGAUGACCAAAGCUUCUGAGAUCUCUAAAAAUGUCUGGCAAGGGCCGACUCCUGAUUACAUAUUGCAAUGUGGAUCAGGCGACUCCGUGCAUGUCGAAGAUUUUGACCUUUUGAUUGAGACAAGUGAUCUUGCCAGCAUCCCUGGCCCUCGAUACCUGGCUAAACUCAAUAGGCAGCUGGAUGAUGACGACGGCCCUCUGCGGCUAGAAUUCCCGUCUUCCGGGUCGCUUGUCGUCCCAUCCGCUGAAACAAGAGAAAUAGACGACCUCGUAAGCACUGUACGAUGGAUCUAUUAUCUAGCGAACCCAGACGAGCCGGAAUCUCCCACAGAUGUUGGUGGAGAUAUUGCUAUGACGCCUCUUCAACGGAAGCCUCGCAGGAUUCUUAUACACUGUCCAGACGGCUAUACUGAGUCUUCACUAUUGGUCAUCGCUUACUUGAUGUUUGCUGAAGGUAUACCGGCUCAUGAGGCAUGGCUGCGACUUCAUUGCGACAGGAAGCGUAAUUUCUUCGCAUACCCGUCUGAUGUCACUUUUCUGAGCACCAUUCAAACAAGACUUUUGCAUGAGAGUCCUGCGACGCACUCAGAGAGUCUCUCGAGCGUUCCAGAUCCGCCAUGGUUCCGGUACUGUGAUGGAUCACUUCCCAGUCGAAUUCUCCCAUAUAUGUAUCUUGGCAAUCUGGGCCACGCCAACAAUCCUGAAAUGCUCUGGGCUCUUGGAAUUCGGCGCAUUCUGAGCAUUGGAGAGUCAGUCUCAUGGAGAGAUUUUGACAUUGCUCGGAUGGGCCCAGAGAACGUGAUGCAUAUAACUCAGGUUCAAGACAAUGGAAUAGACCCGUUGACUCAGGAAUUCGACCGAUGCUUGGAAUUCAUCAGUGAGUUCUGA